GCCCUCGUCUCUGUAAGAGUGUGUACUGUACUUUCCCCCAAAAAAUGUUCAUCUCCGUCCCCUCGUUGGUAACGGUCGUCGAUCAUCAUUUUCUCAUCAUUGCAGAGGAAGGAAAAAACCUGAAAAGAUGGAAAAAAUGAUUCCACAGCAAUGGACGCCGCCUUGUAACAAUCAAUGCACCCAUAAAUUUGCAGCUCUCAUGCAAAUUCCCUGGAGAGUAUUUUGCAAAAAAGGGUGUGAUUCAGAUGGCGACACGUGGGAGGAGUGUAUGGGAGAAUGUGAUGAGAUAUGCUAUAAAGACCCAGUUUUCAAGGAUCACCAGUGGAGUGCUUACAUUGACCGUUCUCCUGGUGCUGCCAGCUACUCAGAGGAAUGUUUUCACGCUUGUAUAGCUGGCUGCGGAUACAAGUUUGAUAUCCCUCCUCAACAAGUUAGUCAAGUUCAUCCAAACAGGCCAUCCAAGCCUCCUCCUGAGGAGAAACCUACUCCACCCCCUGUCGAAUCCAGACCAUCUCCUGACUCCAGUACACCCACCAUUAAUGACGUACCCUCCACUUCUGCAUAAGCCAAUUCCAAGAUUUAGCUAGUUAUUCUGUAGCUUAGGGCACUUUAGACUCCUUUCCUCAACACAGGAGCAUUAUCUAGUUUGUUAAAAGUUUUUAUGGCCUAUUUGAGCAAAUAUAUAACCGCAGUCAUAGAUCGAGUCACUCAAAUUUCUUGCUGAGGGUUUACAUCAUACCUUAAUGGGUGAAAUAUGAGUCUUUCCCAUGGGUAAAGGAUGUACAAUUACAUGUAUAACAUGUAAACCUCGUCAUUCUUGCAGCUUAGGUGCCUUAUGUAUAGGCCUUCUUGGAUAAUUGUUAGCAUACAUGAGCAACUUUUGUUAAUUGAUAUAGCCACAAAUUGA